GAAAGCCAGCCACCCCUCUUGUCUCCUCGUGGGUGGAGGGUUUCACCGUGGAGCACUAAAGGACGCUCACUCAUUGAUUCUCCCACCGAAGACGGGUCAGACACAACGGGCUGUGAGCUAGGAGCUGGGAUGGUCGCGGAGGAGAUCGUGGUCUCCCUGUCUGGAGGAGCUCCAUGGGGCUUCAGACUGCAGGGAGGAGCUGAGCAGCAGAAACCUCUUCAGGUGGCAAAGGUUCGCAGACGCAGCAAAGCAUGUCGAGCUGGACUGAAGGAGCACGACGAGCUGGUUGCCAUUGGCGACCAGAUGUGUGCAGAGCUCAGUCAUGCUGAGGCCAUGAGUCUGAUAGACACACAGAGCGCCACGUUGAGCCUCAGAGUCAAAAGGGCCCCCUCUGGAUUCCACUCCUCAUCUUACUCUGGUCGCUCCGCAUCGCCUCGAUCCUCCAUGAGGGUUCUGUCUCCUCCUGCGAUUGAGAUACCCAAAGGCAUCACUUCCCCUCCUGACAGCGAGGCUUACUAUGGAGAAACAGACAGCGAUGCAGACACACAGUUGUGCACACAACGCCGCCAGCGUCGCACACCUCCUCAUGCACGCUCACCUGCUCGCUAUGACAACCAGGAAGAGGAGGAGACCUCAGAGAUGAGCGGGUAUGAGAGUGCUACAGAAGCAGGAGUUGCCCUGCAGGGUCAGUGGGAUGCUCAGUGUCUUGCCGGUGUUCCUCGCAGAGAGCUCGUCUACCAGCCUCUCCAGACAGACUGGACCACUCCUGCACACACCCCUCACACUCUGACCCCCCACACCCUCACCCCGACUCCCCCCGACCAGGUGGAGGCAGAGGGUGAGGGUGACAGCGGCUUCCAGGAGGCGGGGGGCUGCGUCGGCCUGGCCUGCCCGCCCCUCGUGUCUCCAGAGCGGGCUAAAGAGGCUCUGAUGUUGGGCUCCGGUAAACAUCUGGUGCCCAUGGUUGGACCACAGCAGACCCCUGUGAGCGACGAACUCUCCACCACUUACAUGGACAAAGCACGGCAAGCCAAGUUGCAGCGUGGGGAGAGUGUGGUGGAGAAACAGGUGAAAGAAGCUCGCACUAAAUGCCGCUCUAUUGCAUCCUUGCUGACUGAUGCUCCCAACCCCAACUCGAAAGGGGUGCUUAUGUUCAAGAAACGCCGGCAGAGGGCUAAGAAGUAUACACUUACCUGCUUCGGCAAAGCUGAGGGAGACAGAGGGGGUGAGACAGAGGGGGAAACAGGAGGAGAAACUGAAGAGGAAGGAGGGAGUUCUAUGCUAAGUGGUUCAGAAGUGGAUGAAGAGGGAUUCUCAGCAUCAUUUGACCCUACGUGGGACACUGGUUAUCUGGACCUGCUGGACAGGAGAAGCUCUGCUUGCCCAUCAACCACACCAACUACGCCAACAACACCAACAACAAAUCAGAGGCCAGGACUGGACAUCUCGGCUUAUCAGAGUCCAGGAGUUGUGACUUCUGUCAAUCAAAGCCCCGGGUUGGAGGUCUCAGAGUUGGAGAGUUCAGCCUAUCAGGGCUCACGACUGGACAGCAGCAUCCAGAAGCAGCCAGUCAGUAACUGCCCUGCACACAUGUCUCCUCCAGCUGUGGCUUUGACCAAUGGGGGAUCAGUAGCUGUCAGUCGGGCUAGCGUGGUGCUAAGCCCGCCCUCUCAGACACCCCUUCGGAGUCAAAAUAGGCAACAUGGCAACCCCAACUCUCCUCCUAACCCUGAUCUCAGCCCAGUAACAGACUCAUACAACACCAGCUUCAGUCCUAAUUCUGGUGUUCUGAACCGCACUGCUCGGCCCUUCACCCCAGGCCCGAUGCCUUCUCGUGCAACUGUAACCUCCGUCAUGUUUCGCCCUCCCCAACCCAAACCCACAGCCAUAACCAUGGCGACCAAGCCCACAGCGGCCGUCUCCAUGGUGACAAUCCCACCUACUCACCAUCCAUCAGGGCCAGAAGCAAGGAGAGCCGUGUCUAGCACCUCUUUGUAUAUCCCUCCAAGAAAUAACAACAGCAACACUCCGCCCUCUGUUAGCUCUCCCCCGUCAGCUCUCUCACCUCCCUCCUCUCUGUCUUCUACACCUUUUGCUCAGCCUCCAGCAUAUCCACAAACAUUUUCUCCUCAGCCUGCAGUGCAUGCUCCUCCGUCCAUCCCGUUCUCUCCUUCUGCAGCUCAAGCCUCCCUGGUUUGUCCAUCACCUGCUCAACCCUUCUCCCCUCCACCUCCUCCUCCAUAUCUCAUUCCUUCUACUCCAGCUUAUCCACCUCCUUCUGACUAUAUGUCCCCUCCUCCCAUGUGCCCACCACACCCCCCUGAUUUGACUCAGGUUUCAUUCCCUGCCCAGCCCACCCAUCCUGCUCCACCUCCAUCCCAACCUUCUCCGUCUCCGUCUGUCUAUCCCUAUAAUAACAUUGCAAAUGACGUUCCUCCUGUGCCCAGUGCUGCUAUGGCAGCUACAUCAGCUUCCCAGGCUCCUGCAGCUGAUUCACUAGUGACUCGUGAGCAGCGCAUCUCGGUCCCAGCAGCUCGCACCGGCAUCCUGCACGAUGCCCGUCGCCGUAGCAAUAAGAAACCGAUGUUCAGUGCAGUCCAGAACAAAGAUGUAUCUCCAAACCCGGACUUGCUGUCGAUUAUCCAAAACAUGGAUGACCACUGUGGAAGAACAUCCGGUGCUGAAUAUGGAGUUGCACCCAGUAAUGAGGCUGGGCAUGAAUCGGGGCCUGAAGAGGACUGGUUGAGGCUGGGGGCUGAGGCCUGCAACUUCAUGCAGGCUCAGCGGGGACCCAGGCCACCUCCUGUAGCACCCAAACCUCAAGCCCCUCAGGUACCACAGCUAGCGGGAAAGGGAGGUCAGCUGUUUGCCCGCAGACAGAACAGGAUGGAUCGGUACAUUGUGGAGCGAUCUCCAUCUGUUGCCGCAGCCCCUUACUCUCCUGCCCAGACAAGGGAGCCCUCACCUACACCUUCCCUCCCUGCCACCUGGAAGUACUCGUCCAACAUCCGAGCUCCACCACCCAUCAGCUACAACCCCCUCCUCUCCCCCUCCUGUCCCCUGAAGGCCCAGAAGAAGCCUGAGGUGGUAAAGUCUGGAACAGCUGCAUCCAAAGGGAAGAAACCUGUCAUGAAGGAUGUGGACAUAAUGAGCCACCAGCCCUACCAGCUCAACUCUUCUCUCUUCAGCUAUGGAGGCGGGGUUCCCCAGGAAACCUCCGCCUAUCAGCAGCAGAAAGGAAAGACAUGUGGUGCUCAAAAGACGGCACGAGUCUACGAGGUAAAGCGCUUCUCGACACCACCUCCAACAGCCACAGGGCCUGCCCUUAAAGUCAUUGUUCCUCGAUCUGCCACGACACUCGGAGAACCAAUGUGGCGCUCUGAUGUGACGUCCCCUCCACCUGUUGCUAAUGCUACCCCCUACCAGCACCAUCAACCUCCACCCCAACCUUACCAGCCUCAGUGGGCCGCCUCUCCUCUAUCUCCCACAAUGCCUCCUGCCCCUUCUGCCCCACUCCCUCAGCUUCCCACCUUCACCUCUCCUCCAAACCAACUCCAAUCUCCUACUUUUUCCCACCCUCAACCCUCCAGCACUCCACAGGCCAACAGGCAGUUCAAGAGCGCCCCAGAUCUGAGUCCUCUGGGCCCCACUGGUGCAUCUCACCAGACGUCCAGCAGCACUCAGCCCACCAGGGUCCCCAGGCCCAGGUUCAGCACUUCCAAUCUGGGCCUGCAGCCUUGUGUCUGGCGUCCUGGAUCUACUGCGCACUGAACAGAUUCUUGUCUUGGACAUUGUAAAACAAGCCUCUAUGGGAACUUAGAGCAACGUUUUUUGAACAAGUGUUUUUGGCAUUGCGUUAUUGAUACUCAAGGCUGCAGCUAAGGUGUUUAUCGGCCACAUGUUUUAUCACAAGUACACACGUGUAGCGGUUUUAUCACUUAAUCUUGUUGACUCAUUUAUCCAAUGCAGUAACUAAAGGGAACACUGUGUUUUGAAAAGGAAAUGUAGUGUGUAAACCUGAGAAAUGAUGAAGAAAUGGAAAUCAACUAAAGACUGAAAGGUCAGAAAGAGAUGUUGGGGAAACAAAGAUCUGUAAAUAUUGUAUUGAAUGAUGAAGAAUUGAGUGUAAACAAAAAAAGAAGAGCAGAGGAUGUGUAAUGAUGAGACUGAGGAUGGCAAAAAGAUGAAAAGAAAAGCACAGGGAGCACAGAUGUAGUGACACAGUAGAUAAAAUGUCUGAUAUGUGUGAAAGGUGCAGAUUUGACUUCACAAUCUGUAAACAUCCAACAAUACCUGUUGCUAUGUAGCAGUAUCAUAGUAGAAAAGUUGCAUUACUAGCGGUCAGAAGCUACCACUCCUCCUCCUGUUAGAGAUAUUCUAAGGAUUUGUGUUUGAUCGUGUUGAGUGUCUUUUUGUAGUUGCGCUCUGUGUGCUUUGUUUUCAGUAGUUUUUCAUGAGGUGAGGAGCACAGCUGUCACGAAGACGGGAAAAAAGCCUUUUACAGUAGACUUGAUUUCUCAUCUGUUGAUAUGAAACAAGAGCGGUAUAACAUGUCUGUUUAGCUGUGAUCCUUUUCCACAAAGACAUGCAGCCGGAAUAAAAAUAGACAUGACUCA